UUCAUACAAAUGCCAAUGCCGAUGCGAACGAUGCUGCUCCGCCACCUCAGUCCCGCCUCCGCCCUACCCAAUCCCCGGCGCUCCUCCGCCUCCUCGCCGCAGCGGAUACCGGCGAGGGCCCGGCCACCGCCGCUGCAUUCCGCCCGCGCCACCGCGCUCCGGGCCCGGAGGACGCCCAUGGCGGCCGGGGAGACCGGCGCCUCCGUCUCCGUCUCCGCCGCCGAGGCCACCCAGGCGUUCAUGCCGGACGCCAGGGCGUACUGGGUGACGAGCGACCUCAUCGCCUGGAACGUCGGCGAGCAGGAGGCGGCGUCCGUCUGCCUGUACGCCAGCAGAGCCGCCGCAAUAGGCCUCUCUCCGUCGAAUGGCGGCAUCCAAGGCUACGACUCCAAAGUUGAGCUGCAACCGGAGAGCGCCGGGCUCCCAGAAACCGUGACCCAGAAGUUCCCUUUCAUCAGCAGUUACAGAGCGUUCAGAGUCCCGAGCUCUGUUGACGUCGCCAGCCUCGUGAAAUACCAACUGGUCGUCGCUUCUUUCGGUGCUGACGGGAAACACGUAGAUGUUACUGGACUGCAAUUACCCGGCGUGCUGGAUGACAUAUUCGCAUACACAGGACCGCUCGGUGCGGUUUUCAGUGAGGAAUCCGUGAGUCUGCACCUUUGGGCUCCUACAGCACAGGAUGUGAGUGUGUGCUUCUUUGAUGGUCCAGCGGGCCCUGCGCUGGAGACGGUUCAGCUUGAGGAGUCAAAUGGUGUUUGGAGUGUUACUGGGCCAAGAGAGUGGGAAAACCGGUAUUAUUUGUAUGAAGUCGACGUGUAUCAUCCAACUAAGGCGCAGGUUCUGAAAUGUUUAGCUGCUGACCCGUAUGCUAGAGGCCUUUCCGCAAAUGGCGCGCGGACCUGGUUGGUUGACAUUAACAAUGAAACACUGAAGCCAGCUUCCUGGGAUGAAUUGGCCGAUGAGAAGCCAAAACUUGAUUCCUUCUCUGACAUAACCAUCUACGAAUUGCACAUUCGUGAUUUUAGCGCCCACGAUGGCACAGUGGACAGUGACUCUCGUGGAGGAUUUCGUGCAUUUGCAUAUCAGGUCUUCAGAGUUGAUUUACUAGAUGUAUUGCAUUGCCUUUUUUCAUCAGUAUCCCAUGCUGAUUGCAUUUUGGAACCUGUGGUACAGGCCUCGGCAGGAAUGCAGCACCUACGGAAAUUGGCUGAUGCUGGUUUGACUCAUGUGCAUUUGUUGCCAAGCUUUCAUUUUGCUGGCGUUGACGACAUUAAGAGCAACUGGAAAUUUGUCGAUGAGUGUGAACUGGCAACAUUCCCUCCAGGAUCAGAUAGGCAACAAGCAGCAGUAGUAGCUAUUCAGGAAGAGGACCCUUAUAAUUGGGGGUAUAAUCCUGUACUCUGGGGGGUUCCAAAAGGAAGCUAUGCAAGUGACCCUGAUGGCCCGAGUCGCAUUAUUGAAUACCGUCAGAUGGUCCAGGCCCUCAAUCGCAUAGGCCUUCGUGUUGUCAUGGAUGUUGUAUACAAUCAUCUAGACUCAAGUGGCCCGUGCGGUAUCAGCUCAGUGCUUGACAAGAUCGUUCCUGGGUACUAUGUUAGAAGGGAUACCAAUGGCCAGAUUGAGAACAGUGCAGCUAUGAACAAUACAGCAAGUGAGCAUUUCAUGGUUGAUAGGUUAAUCGUGGAUGACCUUUUGAACUGGGCAGUAAACUACAAAAUUGAUGGGUUCAGAUUUGAUCUUAUGGGCCAUAUCAUGAAACACACCAUGAUGAGAGCAAAAUCUGCUCUUCAAAGCCUUACAAGGGAUGCACAUGGAGUUGAUGGUUCAAAAAUAUACUUGUAUGGUGAAGGAUGGGACUUCGCUGAAGUUGCACGCAAUCAACGUGGAAUAAAUGGAUCCCAGCUUAAUAUGAGUGGAACGGGGAUUGGUAGCUUCAAUGAUAGAAUCCGGGAUGCUGUUAAUGGGGGUAAUCCAUUUGGUAACCCACUACAGCAAGGCUUUAAUACUGGUCUGUUCUUAGAGCCGAAUGGGUUUUAUCAGGGCAAUGAAGCAGAUACCAGGCGCUCGCUCGCUACUUACGCUGACCAAAUACAGAUUGGACUAGCUGGUAAUCUGAGGGAUUAUGUACUAAUAACUCAUACUGGAGAAGCUAAGAAGGGAUCAGAAAUUCACACUUUCGAUGGAUUACCAGUUGGCUAUACUUCGUCCCCAAUAGAAAUAAUAAAUUAUGUUUCUGCUCAUGACAAUGAGACUCUGUUUGAUGUUAUCAGUGUAAAGACCCCAAUGAACCUUUCAGUUGAUGAGAGAUGCAGGAUAAAUCAUUUGGCCUCCAGCAUGAUGGCAUUAUCCCAGGGAAUACCCUUUUUCCAUGCUGGUGACGAGAUACUAAGAUCUAAGUCUAUUGAUCGAGAUUCGUAUAACUCUGGUGAUUGGUUUAACAAGCUUGAUUUUACCUAUGAAACAAACAAUUGGGGUGUUGGGCUUCCUCCAAGUGAAAAGAACGAAGAUAAUUGGCCCCUGAUGAAACCAAGAUUGGAAAAUCCAUCUUUCAAACCUGCAAAAGGACACAUUCUUGCUGCCCUAGACAGUUUUGUUGACAUCUUGAAGAUCAGAUACUCAUCUCCGCUUUUUCGUCUUAGUACAGCAAGUGACAUUAAGCAAAGGGUUCACUUUCACAACACAGGGCCCUCCUCAGUCCCAGGUGUUAUUGUCAUGGGCAUUGAAGAUGCACGAGAUGAGAGGCCCGAGAUGGCUCAGUUAGAUGCGAAUUUCUCUUAUGUUGUAACCGUCUUCAAUGUGUGUCCGCACGAAGUAUCCAUGGAUAUUCCAGCCCUCGCUUCAAUGCGUCUUGAAUUGCAUCCUGUGCAGGUGAAUUCAUCAGAUGCUUUGGUGGGGAAAUCUGUGUACGAGGCAGCGACGGGCAGGUUCACCGUGCCCAGAAGAACCGUGUCAGUCUUUGUCGAACCUCGGUGUUGAUGCCUCCUUGGUUUCAACGCAAGUAUCUGUUCUACAAAUUGUCGAAGCGACCGAAGAUCUUUCUGUUUUCGUGUUGAAGUAAAUAAUAACUGAAGAAUAAGAGAGGAGAGGCGCUGCUGCCUGCCUGCCGGAUUACACUGCUGAAGGAACAAACCCAAGAAUAAGAAGCUUGGCUUAUGUGUAUGUAUGUAUAGUGUCCAAGUUGCCAAGUCAUGGCUUUGUUUUCUGAUCCAUUUUUUAUUUUAUAUAUCAAAAAGAAAACAUGUAUAUCGUGUUAUAAGUAUUGUAUAACAUGCAUCUACUAUUAAAUAAGGAAGCAUAAUGAUUUGUACUGUACUGCCUUUUUACUCUGUA